AUGAUCGGCCGGACAAGGUGCGAACCGGUCCGUUGGUGUUCGAGGAUCGCAUUACGGAGCCAUCGGGAUCCACUGACCCUCAGGAAGUGCUUACCGUAUAUAACAAUCCGUAUGCCUCGUUAA